GUCUAGUUUUCAAGUGACACAAGAAUCUCUUAUGUUCACAGAUCAAGAUCGAGAAGCAGGAGGAUGAAUUUGGAGAAUUUGAAUUAGCAACUAGCAACGUCAAAGAUGAGUCAUCCUCGCACAAUGGUUCAACUUCCAAUCAGAUGGCGAGAGUUAAGCAGGAGAAUGAUAGCAGCCAAGAACCAGCGCCAGAGUGCAGCACUGCAUGCUCUCCAACUGAUGAUGAUUUCAGCCAACAACAUUAUCUAAUCCCUGGCUAUAAUCUAAUAUUCAUCAAAGAGGAAGAAUAUGUUGAGCAAGAGGCAGAAGGAUGUUCAGUGGAGAGUGAACCGGAGAUGUGGCCUUCAAACUGCAGCACAUCUGAAACUGCCAAUGCAACAGAAGUGGGUGGACUGAAUGCACAUUCAAUCUCUCCCAUGGAAGAGUGCACUGAGCCAUCUGUGGCUGGCAAAAAGAUCAAGCUCUACAGCUGUGCUGACUGCAGCUAUAAAACUCCAUCGAUCACUCAUUGGAAGAGACACAUGAGAAAACACACUGGGGAAAAGCAUUUCAGUUGUGAGUAUUGCGACUAUAAAUGUACUCGAUCUGGUAAUUUGGAGAAACAUAUCAGAACACAUACAGGAGAAAGACCUUUCAGCUGCAAGUAUUGUGACUAUAAAUGUGCUCUAUCAAGUAAUUUGAAGAAACAUAUCAUAACUCAUACAGGAGAAAGACCUUUCAGCUGCGAGUAUUGUGACUAUAAAUGUGCUCGAUCAAGUAAUUUGAAGGAACAUAUCAGAACACAUACAGGAGAAACACCUUUCAGCUGCGAGUAUUGUGACUAUAAAUGUGCUCGAUCAAGUGAUUUGAAAAAACAUGUCAGAACACAUACAGGAGAAACACCUUUCAGCUGCGAGUAUUGUGACUAUAAAUGUGCUCGAUCAAGUAAUUUGAAAAAACAUAUCAGAACACAUACAGGAGAAAGGCCUUUCAGCUGCGAGUAUUGUGACUAUAAAUGUGCUCAAUCUGGUACUUUGAAAUUACAUAUCAGAACACAUACAGGAGAAACACCUUUCAGCUGCGAGUAUUGUGACUAUAAAUGUGCUGGAUCAAGUAAUUUGAAAAAACAUAUAAGAACACAUCAUAAACGAGAAACAACUACUAGCUGAAAAUUUGUGACUUUACAUGUGCUCAUUCAAAUUCAUUUUACUGUUUCCUAGUAAGGUGGUCACUAAUAACAGGACAAGUGUAUUGAACAUGUGUGUGCACACAAAUGUCGUCCAUACAUUGUCGUGUCAUCACAGCUAAAGGCUUCAAACAACAUUUUUUGAGGUUCUGAGUAAGUAUCGGCUCACACCUCCCCACUCCUCUAUUUAAAUUGCCAGGGUUGCCCUGGACUGGCGUCUGUGGAGGGGCGGAGUGGGGGAUGCUGCUCACAGUGUGGUGUGUGCCGGCGGGUGGUUGGGGACGGCUGGGCUCCUCGCGGUGUUGGGUGUCCUCCACAUACACCACGGUUGUCAUCUCACAACACUGAAAUUCUCUCCUUUCUGGGAGGUGAUAGGCCAUGCUUUUCCACUACCUGUAGGGAGGGGAGUGGUAGGAGAGUAGUGGCAGUCAUCACCGUCGUUGUAGUGCAUGGCAACAGGUCAAAACUUGUCAGAAAUGGUCUCCUAGUGUCUUCCAGACGAGCCUUUGUCACUGACUCCGGUCUGCCUCCAGAUCAAGUGGUGUUCGGUUCGUCCUCUUAGUGACCCCUACCGGUCACCAAAGGUCACCUGACCUGUUUUUUUUAGAUAAAUGAAAACUUAAACUCAAAUAGUGCAGCAAAGAAAAAU